AAAAUAUAAAUUUUACACGAUGUUAGCACUCGUGCGGAAUUUUUAAUUCAAACACUUGAAAAUGCAAAACGCCCUCUUUCGAGAGUGGGGGAUUGUUUCGCAAUAUAAAACUAUACGAACAGGGCCUUCUUUAUCAUAGAGUACUUUGUGAACUUUCAAGAAGAAAAAUCAAAAUGAAUAUUUUGUGCUUUUUGUGUGUGGUAUCAGUUGGAGUAACUUUUGGUUAUCCUUCAGGUUAUGGAAUCCACUCCAAUCCUCGCCGCGCCUAUAUGAUCGGGGGUUAUUACAACAACCCCAUAUUUAGCCGUAGCAGAGAGUUCAUUCCUCAAGGUUCCAUGUCUGCUGUACUGACCGACAAUAUAGCUACUAACUCUUUUGUUGGGUCAAACUUGGUUCCAGAAGGACAACUGCCUUUGGAAGAAUCAGAAACUGACGAAAGGUUCACCGAAAAAUACAAUGCGCAACCAUUAGGGGAUCCAAAACCAGAAGUAAUUGAUAUUGACCAAAAUGAGCCUUCACAAGUGCCUGAGUUGAUUCUGGAUGAAAAAGUUGAAGGAGUAGUCAUAGCUGAAGAUCCUUCUACAGAAGCAGCAGUGGCCAAACCACCCAAAAGAAAAUCCAAGAGCAAAACUGAAAGGAAACCAGUGAAAAAAGAUGAAGACGAAGAAGAAGAUGAAGAAGAAACAGGAUCAUGGCCAUUUGCAGGAGCAAGAGGUAUUCCAUCUUACAAUGCCUUCUUUCCAAUCACCAUUAGCGGAGGAAGCCCUCUUCAAGGAAGACGAACAAAAUCGGCAGAAGAAGAUGGAUAUAUUCCUUCUGGAUCUGCAACAGCCAUAGCCAACUCUUUUUCCACUGGUAGAGGUGGCAUUGCCACAAGCCACGCUACAUCUUUUGGAGACCCCUAUCUAGCCUCCAUGCUACUAAGGAAUGGUUUCUUCAACACCAAAUCGAAGAAAGCCGAUCAGGAAGCUUAAAUCAGAAGUCUAAGACACAUCUUUUAGAAUAAUUUAUUAUCUGUUAGUCUUUCCGAAAAAAACUAUUAAAGCGCUUAUUUUAUAAA